AUGUCGACACAAACGCGAAAUGCCUACCUGGCUUCACGGCCGAUGGUCAUGGGCCUAGCAAAGGUCUUGGUCGUUGCAUUUUCGCAGAUUCCGUUCGUUCGAGCCGCUCCUCUACACCCCCUCUAUCUCCUCGCCGUACCCGACAAACCGGAAGUACACGAUCCCAGCAAUCCUAGCCUGUGGAUAUACUUGACAGUGGCUGCGGCGCUCGUGCUGCUUGGGGGUGCUUUUGCCGGGUUGACAAUUGCGUUGAUGGGACAGGAUGAAAUAUAUCUUCAGGUCAUCCGAGAUUCCGGCGAAGGACCGGAAAGGAAGCACGCUGCAAAAGUUUUGGACUUGUUACGAAAAGGAAAGCACUGGGUAUUGGUCACACUGCUUCUCAGCAAUGUCAUUACGAAUGAGACUCUUCCCAUCGUGCUAGACCGUUCGCUCGGCGGCGGUUGGCCAGCUGUUUUGGGAUCUACCGUGCUUAUUGUCAUCUUCGGCGAGAUUGCUCCUCAGUCCGUCUGCGUCCGUUAUGGACUACCCAUCGGAUCGUGGAUGGCACCAUUUGUCCUCGUCCUUAUGUACCUCAUGGCCCCGGUAGCUUGGCCCACGGCCAAAUUGCUCGACUACCUCCUAGGGGAAGAUCAUGGAACCGUAUACAAGAAGGCGGGAUUGAAGACUCUAGUGUCACUACACAGAAGCUUGGGGGAAGCCGGCCAGCAACUGAAUGCCGACGAAGUUACCAUCAUCAGCGCGGUCCUCGACCUCAAGGAUAAGCCUGUCGGGAGCAUCAUGACCCCCAUGGAGGACGUCUUUACACUCUCGCUCGACGAUGUACUGGAUGAGACCACCAUGGACAACAUCCUUUCGCAAGGCUACUCCAGGAUCCCCAUCCACCACCCAGAUAAUGACGAGAAUUUUGUCGGCAUGCUACUGGUCAAGAUGCUCAUUACUUAUGACCCGGAGGAUGCUAAACCGGUCCGUGAUUUUGCCUUGGCCACACUACCUGAGACAAGGCCCGAAACAAGCUGCUUGGACAUUGUCAACUUCUUCCAGGAGGGCAAAUCCCAUAUGGUCCUUGUGUCUGAGUAUCCGGGCGAGGAUCAUGGUGCCCUUGGUGUGGUCACUCUAGAAGAUGUCAUCGAGGAAUUGAUUGGCGAAGAAAUCGUCGAUGAAUCCGAUGUCUUUGUUGAUGUGCACAAAGCUAUUCGACGCGCAAUGCCUGCCCCCACCCGCCGCAUCCCGAAGACAUUCAUUGUCUCCGAACCGGCAGCACUCAACGGCACUACGUCGGAUUUGGUCGACAUCGAUGAACGCGAAACAUUGACUCCCACAGACCUGCAACGAAUCAAGGCCUCCGACACCGGAAAGACGAAAGUGAUCGCUGGACCUCGAAGGAGGUCAAGUGCAUCCAACAGUGUCGCCACAGAUGCCAAGACCGGCAAGCGACAUAGUACUGACGACAUUAAGGAACACUUGAAGCAUCUAGGACCUUCAAAUCUGGCAAGCAGACCCCGAUCAACGAGGUAUAACACGGUCAAGAUCAAGAGGGGUACAGACACGGCCGCAAGAGAAAACGGCGGCGAAGGCCGAGCGACACCCGCUAGGAGGAUAUCAGAAAGUGCCUCUGAAUAUCAGAAUGGCAUCGGUGAAGGUGUCAUCUCAACUGGUGGGAAAGAGGCCAGUGAUGGUGUGCAAGCUCUCCAUCAAGAGGGUUAUGGAACACUUUCUCCAGAGAGACGGCCAGACAGUGCGACUAAGGGAGUACAGGCCGAUCUCCUGGACACCGAAACUGAAAACACUGAUGCCCACAGUGCCGAUGAUAAUGGUGAUGGUUAUGGUGAUGAUGCCAAGCACCAAGAUCGACCACCGGCGAAGACGAUGGAUAGCCAGAGCACUGUUGGGAGCCUACAUGAUGCGCGAAGUCAGUCGCGGACUAUAAUCUACCAGCCUAAAGGUCCUGCUCGAAGUGGCAGUAUCACGGAAAAUAUUGUCGAUACCAACGGCUUCCGCAAAAUUGUCCUGGAAACUACCUCGAGCAGUGAGUCGAACGGGGAGGAUGAAAACAGCGGUGCCAAUAAAAUCCAUACACCACAUGAAGAGAAUACACAGUUGGCAACAAAUGGAAAGCCAGAAGGAAGUAACAACAACAGCAGCAGCAGUAGCAACAACAACAACAAAAACAACCAAGAACAGCAACCACAACAGAGUCAAGGGGGGAAGAAGAAGAAACGUCGAAAGCGUAAGAAUGGCCAGGGCAAAGGAGAGCGUGAGCCGCUUCUCGGAUGA